ACUUUUACAAAAGGGUGUGGAAAAGAAUGAGCAAUCUACCUGCCAAUAACAUUGAGGGCAUGAAGUGGACCCGCGAAAAGCGAUACAUACAUCUUGGAAACGGACCUAUAUUGAACUUCCAGGCAAGCAAGAAACCUUGCGAAUUGGUCACGUUACCUGGACUGACGACCCAACAAGAGUAUGCCUUUGCUUUACGUAGUGGAGACCCAAACGUCAAAGAAAUUUCYCUCGAAAUACUUCGCCUUCAUGACACASGAUUUAUUAAAAAGCUUCGSAAUAAAUACUGGGGCARCAGUAAUGACUGUUCACCAGAAGUGUCCAAAAUACAGUUUCCAGUGAUAGGUCGAACUCGCGUGGAACUUACCAGCAUGGCUGGCGUAUUAAUCGUUUUGGGGUCAGGAUUCGUUCUUUCAAUGAUAACACUAAUGGCUGAGAUAUACUACGAUAGAUACAGUCGACUUCAAAAUAAACGCCUCUUUGAUUUGCAGAGAAAGUCGUUUAGAAAGAGGACGAUAGAACCAAUGGAAAUCAGAAAAGAUAAUCAAAUGAAUGCUGAAGUCAUCGACGCUGACUUGGGAAUUUCAAAAAUACAAACAACAACAUAUCCUGAACAUUCUUUAUAAGAUAAAUACUAUACCAGAAAAAUAAAAACGUUCGUGUCAUGACGUAGAAAUUAGACGGAGAGGGACUCCUUUAUGUAUGUCGAGCGAAUCCAGUGAUGAUUGUAUCUAUUAGGUAAAAAAAUCAGUAAUCUUGUAUAUUUUAGCGAGCUAUACAAAUUUUGGCUUUUCAACAUACAGCAAGUAUCAUGAGAAUACUACUGAUCUUUUCACUGAUCUCGGAUGGAUACUCUAAUACGCAAGAAACAUCAGAUAUAAGAAUGAUGAGUACAUGAAGACCUUAAGCAGAUUUAUUUGCCAUAGUGACCACUUCAAGUAGACCUUCAAGCAUUGGAAUGCAUUGUGGAAGCGCCAGAACUUGAAAUCGAACCAAUGAUGGAAACGCUUACUGUGGCUGGACUAGGAAGGAUCAUUAGUCAAGCUGAGGUGAUCUGGCGCGAGAAAGUAGGAGGGUUGUUCACAGCUCACUGCGAGCCAUCAACAGAAGAUUCUACCUCACUUGCAGUUUUGUCUAGUGAAUUUCUCAACUAACCACAGUCAGGAAGUUCUGGACCAAAACGAAACGAUGAUGUAUUCGCAUUUGACCAUGCAAGACCACCGACUCAACGUCAUGAAUAAACUUGAUACCAAUAACACAUGAAUUCAAUUUUCUUAUGAAGGAACACAUGCAUGCUUUAAAGUAAGAAUUGGUAUAGACAACACAAUAUAAAUUAUUCUCUAU